GGGGGCGGUCCUGGGGCCCUCUCUCCGCCGCCGCCCGUCCCAAGGGCCAACGCGCCCCACAGUCCCCUCAGGGCCGAUGCCGCCAGCUCCGCGGCGCCUCCUCCGCGCCCUCUUCAGCUCCAGCGCCAGGAUGGGCGACUUCACCUCCCGCUUGCCGCAGCAGGGAGAAGCACUGCCCGGCAGGAACCAGCGGCUCCCGGUUCCAGAUAAACAUCAUGUCAAUGGAAACAGAAUGGUAGAACCUUUCCCAGAGGGAACACAGAUGGCUCUAUUUGGGAUGGGCUGUUUCUGGGGAGCUGAGAGGAAGUUCUGGACCCAGAAAGGAGUCUACUCCACUCAAGUGGGUUAUGCAGGAGGACAUACCCCCAAUCCUACCUACAAAGAGGUCUGCUCAGGGAGGACUGGCCACACAGAGGCUGUUCGAGUGGUGUAUCAGCCAGAAAACAUCAGCUUUGAGAAACUGCUCAAGGUCUUCUGGGAGAAUCAUGACCCGACACAAGGGAUGCGACAAGGCAACGACGUGGGCACCCAGUAUCGCUCAGCCAUCUACACCUUUUCUCAGGAACAGAUGGAAGCUGCCUUGAGAUCUAAGGAAGAAUAUCAAAAGGUAUUGACAGAAGGUGGGUUUGGUACCAUCACAACAGAAAUCCGGGAGGCUCCAGAGUUUUAUUAUGCUGAAGAUUAUCAUCAGCAGUACCUGAGUAAGAACCCUGGUGGAUACUGUGGCCUUGGGGGCACGGGGAUUUCCUGUCCUAUUGGGAUCAAGAAAUAACCUGUGCUUCCACCACCACCUCUACUUUGGUUUAGGGAGUGAGAAAAAGGAUCCCCCAACCCUUACAGGUGUCACAAUACUCCCUGCAUCAAAAUUUAGGAACCUGUUGGAGUGGUUUUCCAUAAUCUGAGCUAUUUCCCAGACAAUGACAUCAAAAAUCAAAGUAGAAGAAGAAAUUGCACCUGGUCCAAUGUAGCUUCUUGCUCAGUGCAGCUCACUGGGUUUUCUUGUUGGCAUUUGGGGAGAAAAGAAUCUUCGACAAGUUUGGCUUGAAAUGCUGUGAAAAGGAUGAAAUGGGGGAGUAGGGGCUGCACCUGCUAACUGCUUUGCAUUGCUAAUCCCUACAUGGGUUUUCCUGGGCUAAGGAAUUUGGUCAUGUUUCCAGAGUUGUGACUUUUGGAGACACGGAUGGGCUCAUCUUAACUAUCACAACCCUGUAAUUUGAUGUCUUUGAGAAGGGUGAAUUUCUAAGCUCAGUCAUUCUCUCACAAUUCCACUUUCACAGCGAUGUGUAAUAUGACCUGUUAGUGCCUAUUUUCUGAAACAAUUUUAGGAAGAAAAAGUAAAAAUUGGAAUGUGAGACUUCUUCUUGACAGCUCCAAAAAAGUGUAUAAAUACAAAAAAAAGAAAUAUAUUUCAUUUUACGAACUACAAUAAAUUAAAAAAAAAAAA